AUGGUGUCUACCACAAAGAAAGCAAUCUUCAACUUCUUGGUUCCUACUAUGACAUCCACAUCUAGUAUCCCAUGGGUCUUGGUGAUGCCCCCAACGAAAUUGGUGACUGUCAGACGUGUCGGGAUUAGAUAUUUCUCUGUUCUGCCUAGCUCCAUCUACCAUUACUUUAGGGAUUGGGAUCCCUCCAAUUGUGAUCAUCUGUUUCGAGGAAUCCAGUAUGAUCCUGCAAUUGUGAAGGUUCUAGCUGAUCGUCUGCAGAUGGUUUUUAAUCCACUUGUUCUUCCUUGUAUUCUUCAGUCCAGUUCUCUUGAUCAUCUACUAGAAGGAAUCUAA